CCGGAACAGUCUACAGCUAGUAAACAGCCAGCUGCGGCCCUGUUCGUACUCUUCAUGGUGUCUCGCAAACAGUCUCGGGUGUGGAAGUACGUGGAGGAGGGAAGCUUACUGAAGCUCAAGUCGUACCUGCGGAAGCACCGGGACGUGGACGUGAACUUCUCCCAGGGCAAGAGGCAGAGGAGCCCGCUGCAGCUGGCCUGCUGCCUGGGAGACGACGCUGUGCUGCGGCUGCUGCUCAAACACGGAGCCGAUGUUCUUCACCGGGACCGCAGGGGGAACACGGCGCUACACACCGCAGCUAACAGGGCUCUAAAACACGGAAAAACAGCGUACGAUGAUCUGGUCGUGCCUCUGAGAAAACACUGUCCAGAAGCUCUGAAUGCUACGAACACAGCUGGAGUCACACCUCAGGACCUGCUGAACUGGAGGAAACACUCAGAGACUGCAGGAAACAUGAACCGUCCAGCUGAAACCGACCCCGAGAAGGCGUGGCUGGAGAAGCUGUUUGGUGAAUGCGAGGAUGAAUUCUGUGAAACCUUUGGAGUCUAUGAUGACUUUCUUCCUGUCGACGACGACGAGGAAGACUUUGGCGACUGGGCCGAUCGCAUCAGGGAAGCGUACUUUGAUAAAAAACACGCCGAAGCUCAGAGACUGGCAGCGUCGAGUUCUGGAUGGAAAAGGAAGAAGAGUAAACAGGAGAGAGAACAGGAGGAGCAGAGCAACAAGGAGCUGCACGAGCGGCUGCAGAGGGAACACGAAGAGUAUCUGGCUCGAGCCGCUCGCAAAGAGGAAGAGACUCGGCGGGGCAAGAAGCGCCGGUACGACGAGAGGUGCGCCGCCACGUUUCAAGGUGGCUCCUCCUCCAGCGCCGCCGCUAAGCUGAGCUACGCCGACAUCCCCUGGCCGGCUCCGAGAGGCACGGUCCAGGAGAUGGUGGAGGUGAUGCUGCACGGCGUGGACCGGAAGGACGUGGCGGUGUUUCGGAAAGUCGUCCUGAAGCAACAGGCGCUGUGGCAUCCGGAUAAAUUUGCUCAGAGAUGUGGAACCCGGUUGGAGGAGAAGGACAAACAGAGGAUCCUGGACACGGUCACGGCUCUGUCGCAGGAGCUCAACAGGCUGGCUCAGAGUCUGAGGACUUAAAAAGCAACACAUAUCCGAGACCUGCUCCUGUGGAAAUAGGAGUUUGGAAAGAGUUGCAAAAAGAAUAUCCAGCACACUGUUUACUUUCUUUAGGUAGAAAUCAUACAGGCAGGCAGCAUUUGUGUCACACUUUAUUAGGUACGCCUGUGAAAUAAGAAAAAAAAAUCUUUAUUAAUCCCAAAGAGAAUUCUUUUGCCAGCUUUUGCUAAGAAAAAAACACAUGACACAGCAUAGGAAGGGCAGAAAAACAGUAAGAUAUGAGUAUGAUACAUUACUGAAAAUAGUAAAAGUACAAAAAAUUAAUGCUGGCAAUGACCCUGAGAUACAACAACUCAGUGGAUGGUUCUGCUUUCUAUUUAUUAUCAAGGUCAUCCUGGGUGAUGUGAUGCACUGGAGCAAGUUUUUCUGAUAUUUUGGUGAGCAAAAUAUUUUUAAAUGUAAUGCCAACAAAAACUAGAAAUGUACAAGUUUUGUAAAGUAAUACAAAUGUAUGGCAGAGCUGUUCCAUUGGAUUUGGCAGGUGUACCUAAUAAAGUGUCUGGUGAAUGUAAAAUAACUUAAAAUACCAAACGGAGGAUACAAACAUCCCCCAGAGGACUUCAACAGUUGUGUUCCCUUAAUGCCCAAACCGAGAGGCUUUUCUCAGGUGUCUUGCAACUUGUCAGUGUUUUUCCCCUUCUUCAUCUGCUCCAGCUCCAGUCUGACUAGUAAACAAGUUAAGAGGAGAAGACCUUGCUCAAGGGCGCCUCGGUGUUGGUGAGGCUCAGAUCUGUCAGCCGGCUGAUCGAAGCGGUGACCUUUGGGCUUCGGGCUUCACGUCUCUAAUCUUUAAAAUCGAUCCCAGUGUGUUCCUGGUGUGUGGAAAUGUAAAUGGCUUUCAGACCGAAGCGUGUCGGUGUGAUGGAUUUUCAAUAUUUAAUCUGAUUGGAAUGUUCCUAAAAUGUGAGUGUGCUGGAUUUAGAACACUGAGGGUGGGUUUUGGGCAGAAAUUUGUUUUAUUGGUUGAUUUCCUGAUUUUAAAAUAAGAAUAAUAAUAAUAAAAAAAUAACAAAAUCCACA